UGGAGCCGAUGAGCGCACCGCGUCCCAUCGUCCUCUCUGCAGCAGGCGUUGAGCCCAAAAAAACACGUGUGACACGUCACAUCAUCCUCUCUACAACAUGCUCACCUUGCCUAGCCAAAUAAAAAACACGCGUGGUGUUCCAUCGUCGUCUCUACAACAGCGCCGAACCCACCUUGCAAGCCAAAAAAACACUCGUGACCAAAAAAAAUGGAGCCGCUGAGCGCACCGCGUCCCGUCGUCCUCUCUGCAGCAGACGCUGGCCGUGGCAGCCAAAAAAAACACACGCGUGACACGUCCCAUCAUCCUCUUUGCAGCAGGCACUCACCAAGCAAUGAAUUAAACCCACAACCUCACGGCCAAUGCCUCAAUGCACUCGCCACCUCAACUACGAACCUUUCUUGCUUAUAGUGCACUAUCAACCCUAUUUAAUAGGGGCAUACAAGAAAAAAUAUCUCCUAAUUAAUUAUUUCUUAGCUACCGCAAUUGUGUCCAAAACGUCAGGUUUUUUUAGUAGUGAGGAAGUAUAUAAUUGCUCAUAUCACAGAUUAUUAAGGGUGCCAUGGCGAUGUAGGUGGAGUCAUCCAAGCUGCCAUGCGCCGCCACGGUGAUUUUUGACUCACGCAGCUGACACGCAAAUGCAAUGCGCAUCGGCACCUCGGCACCUGACACGCAAAUGCAAUGCGCAUCGGAGGCACAAAACAAAUAGCCCCUCUCUCGUCUCUCCUCGGCCGGCGUCAUGGCGAGCACAUGAUGCCGGUUCGCGGCCACAGCCACCACGCCACCUACCUGACCCGCUGCCUUGACGGUUUGACCGACACGCGUCACGUGAAACCAACCCUUCUCCUUUCGAGCUCUGGGCCUCCAGCUUUUGGAGAUCCGGUGACUCGCUUGAUCCGAUUCGCUGCGGUCAUGGUCAGCCACACGCCAUUUCUUGGGGCAGACCUCCCUAGCUCUCUCUCUCCCUCCCCAUGUCUCAUGUGUUUACGCCGAGUAGUAUAUGCUAGCUCCGUAGUACUUGCUUCUCGGUCGGCAUGCAUUCAUGGUGUCUUGCUGGUCUUCGUCCUCUCUCAAACCGACAGGGCACACAGAGCCAGUAAAGGCUUGGAGCAUCAACUCGUGAAGGCGGUUGCGAGGAACGCAGGAAGCGGGUCUUCCGGUGGACCGCAGUUCCACAGCCCCCAUUUCUCCUCUGCGCUUCUGCGGUGAUCCUGGAAAGCAAAAGCUUUUCAGCAGCAGCAGCAGCAGUCCUUCCUUCUUCCCCUUCGCUAGGUGUGCAGAGAGCCAACACUUGAAGUACUAGUCUCCAGUCUCCACACACUAAUCCUGAUCCCUGGUCGAAGAAAAACCAGCACACCAUGCUGAGGCAAUCGUCAAGCAGGAGCCACAGAAGCAAGAAACUCCGGGCAAGCCACAGUUUCCAGGCCUUCCUGCUCGUCGCCGUCGCCAUCUGGAUCGUGUACCAGCUCACUCAUUCCUACGGAGAGCGACGGCCAGCAGUGUCUGUGGAGACAGGCGGCAGCAACGACGCCGAGCCGGCGCGGCGCCGGCUGGGCAGGAAGGGCUUCGUCCACUUCCCAGGGCACGCCUCCGUCGAUGACAUUGCUGGGGCCGGCGAGUCGUCGGUUGAUCCUCUGAGCAAGGCCGGUGACGGCGAAGGCGAAGGCGACGAAGAGGACCGAGAGGCCGAUGAAGAUGACGGGGCCGCCGAUGCUGACGUCGACGACGGCCUUGCCGCUGCCGCUGACGAAGAGGACGAUGGCAUAGAUUUCCAGUCACAAGACGGCAGCCGUGAGGACGGUGCGAAGGCCGUGCAUGGAGGAACUCAGAAUGGACUGAACAUAAGCGUUGCUCCUCCUGUGAACGGCACCGGCACUGUGCAGGAUGGUGCUGCGGUUCUACUGCUGCGCAAUGCGACUGGCGGUGCAGCAGAUGGCAAUGGCACUGUUCCAACCCUGAGUGGUUCUGCUUCUGCCCUGAACAACAUUUCAUCUGUUGAUGUGGCGUCGUCGCGUGACAGAGGAACAGCUGGUGAUGCUGCGAACAGUUUCGUUGUAGGGGCACCUGGAGCAGAGGAGAAACCUACCAGCACGGGUAACUCUGGACAUGGCAUCUCGACCUGA